AUGGGUCCGUUGAUCGGUGCUAUCGACGAAGGAACGUCGAGCGCGAGGUUUUUGCUGUUCAAAGCGGGCACUACUGAAGUGGUUGCAUCCCAUCAAGAAGAACUCUCGCAGAUCUACCCGAAGCAAGGAUGGGUGGAACAGGAUCCCAUGGAAAUACUCAGAAUUGUCGAUACUUGCAUAGAAAAAACAAUAGACAAACUCAUAUCUGCAGGAGGUAACGUUUCCGAUAUAGUCUCAGUGGGUAUCACAAAUCAAAGGGAAUCCACUGUGCUAUGGGAUAGAAACACUGGAAAGCCAUUGUACAAUUCCAUCGUGUGGUUAGAUGUCCGGACAUCUUCUACAGUCGAUAUCUUAUUGAAUCAAGUACCGAAUAAAACUCGUAAUAAAAACUACUUGAAACCCUUAUGCGGCUUGCCUCUGUCCCCUUACUUUAGCGCAGUGAAAAUAAAAUGGCUCCAAGACAACAUACCCGAAAUAAAGAAAGCCAUGUCGGCCGGUACUUGCAUGUUUGGCACCAUAGACUCCUGGCUAAUAUGGAACCUAACAGGGGGAAUUAACGGUGGUGUACACAUUACCGACGUUACCAACGCUUCCAGAACCAUGCUAAUGAACAUAGACAGUUUAAAAUGGGAUCCAGUACUUAUUAAUUUCUUCGACAUUCCCACUAGCAUUUUACCGGAGAUUCGAUCGAGCUGCGAAGUGUACGGAAGCGUUGCAAACGGAUCGCUAAAAGGUGUAAAAUUAGCCGGUUGUCUCGGCGAUCAACAAUCCGCUUUAGUCGGACAACAAUGCCUUAAUAGGGGACAAGCUAAAGCUACGUACGGAACGGGGUGUUUCUUACUCUAUAAUACUGGACACACCAGAGUGAACAGCUCGCACGGUUUACUCACGACCGUAGCUUACAAAUUCGGUCCAAAUGCACCAGCUGUUUACGCUUUGGAAGGCUCCGUAGCCAUAGCAGGCGCCGCUGUAAACUGGCUGAGGGAUAAUCUAGCGGUGUUGCCGUCGUUCGGACAAGCCCAAAAAAUCGCCGAAGAAGCCGAAAAAGUCCAAUCGGGAGAGGUGUACUUCGUACCAGCUUUCAGCGGCUUGUACGCGCCUUAUUGGCAACAAGAAGCUAGAGGAGUUAUCGUUGGUAUAUCCGAAGACACGGAGUCCUGUCACUUAGUCAAAGCCACCUUGGAAGCGGUUUGUUACCAAACUAGGGACAUAUUGGAAGCGAUGAACAGCGAUUACGGGUCCACUUUGACGUGCUUGCAAGUGGACGGCGGGAUGACUGCGAAUACUCUGCUGAUGCAAAUGCAGGCCGAUUUGGCGGGGGUAACGGUGCUAAAGCCGACUAUGGCGGAGAGUACGGCCCUGGGGGCCGCUAUGGCGGCAGGGGCGGCCGUGGGGCACUGGGAUUUGGAAGGAACUAUCGAUAUUCCUGCUGUUAAAUGGACGCCUCGUCUUAGCGAGAACGAAAGGGAUGUGAAGUAUGCGAAGUGGAAGAUGGCCAUUGAACGAGCUAUGGGAUGGGAUAUGACUGUUUAA